AGCCUUCACGGUACAAAAUGGAAGCGGCCAGCAGUGUACGCACAUGUUUCGUUAGGCGCUGAUAGUGAUAGCAUAUCAGGACAGUUUCCAGAAUGUCAAAGAAGGGAAGAGGAACAAAGUCGGACUGGGUGAAAAGCUCCCCGAGCGGCUGCCUGGUCAGUAGGACUGACCUGGUUCGGCGGGAAGUCCCAGUCAGCCCCUCGGAUGAGACCGACUUCGACCCAAGAGGAAGGGGGACGGGGGUAGGGUAUGUGGGCCAGGACGGAUGUCUGCGAGCUGUGGUGUGCAGUGACAAAGUUGACAUUGAAGAGCCAAAGCUGCCCCAAAGUACAAAACAGGAACUGGUGCGUCUCAGUCCUGUGACCAUGAAGCUAUGUAAGCUGUGUGUUGGCAGACCAGUGUUGGUCUCCUGUAUGCAGACUGGCAGAGCUGCUGUAGGCACAGCCUGGCCAGGGCCCCCCUCCCCCCUCACUACUGUAGGGAUGGGUAAGAUGGUGCAGAUGAACUGUGGUGCAGAGGAUGGUGCUAUAGUUCUGGUGCAACCUCUGCUGGGACCCUUCUUACCUCUGGCAGAGCUGUAUCUGGAACCAAGGAAAUACAUGGAAUUCCAGAAAACUCGAGGUUUCCAAGAUUACUGCAGACAGCAAUUAGAUUCAAAGAUUCUCAUCCCUGGAAACUCCAUACAGCUGACGUACUAUGGAAAGCCAUGUGUCCUCACAGUAUGCAAAUGUUGUGGUGUUGAUGGCAGAACUCAGACAGAAAGAUGUCCAGAGGAAAACAAUGUGUCAAAGUCUUCACCUGUUGAAGAAAAAACUCUAAGAAAUAAGGAUAAUACAAUGUUGGCAGAUGGUAUGGCAAACUUAACGUUAGAGGAUGGACAGACACAACAGACUGCAGACUCUGUGGCACAAAAUACUGCAGAUUCCUUGUACCACCAUGAUCCUGUAAAACAGAACUUAGAAGAAAUAUAUGAAGAAACUUCUUGUGAGCAGGAAACCACGAAGGAAAGUUCUUCCAAGUAUGAAGAUGAUUCUGCUGGUCAAGAUACAAAUGGAAGAAAAGAAACAAUGAUUCAAGGGAAAGAACAUGGACCUUUCUACUAUUUCACAUCAGAAACUAAGUUAGUUAUUGAUACAGGAAGUGACAGAGGCACAAAGGAUGAUGGGAAGGAGGGAAUGACCUAUGACAUGAUAGGAGGGUUAUCCAAGGAGCUGUCAAUCAUCCGUGACAUGGUGGAGCUUCCGCUGACUUCUCUAGAGGCCUUCAGGAGUCUGGGAGUGGCCCCUCCCUAUGGAGUGCUGCUGUUUGGCCCGCCAGGAACAGGGAAGACCAUGGUGGCCAGGGUCCUGGCUGCUGAGAUCGGGGCCACCUUUAUCACUAUCAACGGGCCAGAGGUUCUCAGCAAAUUCUUUGGAGAAACAGAGUCCAGACUCAGAGAUAUCUUCAAACAAGCUGAAGAAAGAACACCAAGCAUCAUAUUCAUCGAUGAACUGGAUGCCCUUUGCCCAAAGAGGGAGAAUGUUCAGUCAGAGAUGGAGAAGAGAGUGGUUGCUACUCUGCUAACCCUCAUGGAUGGUGUAAGACUGUCAGGAGUGCCAGGCCAGGUGGUUGUACUGGGUGCCACAAACAGACCAGAUGCAGUUGACCCAGCCCUGCGCCGCCCUGGCAGGUUUGAUAGGGAGGUAGAGCUGCCCAUCCCCAACGCCGUGCAGAGGGCCGAUAUUCUGUCCUGCCUAAUGAGGAAGAUGCCACAUAAUCUGAGCCCAGAGGAUAUCACCAGAAUUGCAGACAGUGCCCAUGGCUAUGUUGGGGCCGACCUAACAGCUGUUUGUAAGGAAGCCGGCCUUCAUGCCUUCAAAAGAUAUACAAAAAGAGGAAAGGCUGAUCAGUGCACACAGACUUCAGCCAGUGAUGGCAGCCUGGCUCAAACUGUCCAAGUGUCCAUGGAGGAUUUUGUCUUGGCUUUGAAGGAAGUGAAACCCAGUGCUAUGAGGGAGGUCAUGAUCGAUGUUCCCAAAGUGCGCUGGUCUGACAUUGGAGGCCAGGCUGGGAUAAAACAGAAGCUACAGCAGGCGGUGGAGUGGCCCCUGAAGAACCCGGAGGCCUUCCAGAGGAUGGGCAUCCGCCCUCCCCAGGGUAUCCUCAUGUACGGGCCUCCCGGCUGCUCCAAGACUCUCAUUGCCAGGGCACUGGCCACAGAGAGUGGACUCAACUUCAUAGCUGUGAAGGGUCCAGAGUUGUUUAGUAAGUGGGUGGGAGAGUCAGAGCUGGCUGUGAGGGAGGUGUUCCGUAAGGCUCGUGCUGCUGCUCCAUCCAUUGUGUUCUUUGAUGAAAUCGAUGCACUAGCAGUGUCAAGGGGAAGCUCUGGUGGGGGUAAUAACGUUGCAGACCGAGUCCUUGCACAGCUCCUGACAGAGAUUGACGGGGUGGACAAGCUGGGUGAUGUCACUGUUGUGGCUGCCACCAACCGGCCAGACAUGAUCGACAAGGCGCUGCUGAGACCAGGAAGGAUAGACCGUAUCCUGUACAUACCACUGCCAGAUGCUGACACCAGGCGGGACAUCCUCAAGAUCCAGUUCAAAACCAUGCCAGUCACCCAGGACCUGGAUGUGGACUGGCUUGUGGAGAAAACAAAGAACUACUCUGGAGCAGAGGUAGUUGCAGUGUGCCAGGAAGCUGCCCUUUCAGCCCUGACAGAUGACAUCAAAGCUGAGUUUGUCCUGAGAAGACAUUUUGAACAAGCCCUACAGGCAGUUUGUCCCAGGAUUGGACCAGAACUGAUCCAGUUCUACCAGCAGUACCAAAAGAACAGUGGACUGCACUGUAUAUGAGUUCAAGACAAGAACAGGAAGUAUACUGCUGUGGCAAUGAUCCACACCGGUUCCUGUCCGAUGUAUUACACUACCACUGUUCCUUCUAUGGUUCUGUGUAAUAUGUGUAAUAAUUGUAGUAGUAUCUAAUAUUUUUUAACGAGAUUGUUCAGAGCAAGGUCAUUAGACCACUUCAAGGCAACAACGGUCAUGACACCAAGUAUUAGGGUAUAAAAAUGACAAAGUUCAUUAGUACAUGUAUAACUUGGUUUAUUAAAUAUUUUGGCAUGUUCCAAGCUUCAGGUACAAAGGUGGUCAAACUCAAAGCUAGAUUUUGUUGUGAUAUGAAGCAAUUUUGGAAUUACCAAAUAUGAUGGUAGUUAUAGUGAUCCUCUGGUAACAACAAAAUUAAUAUGAUACUAAAAUGUUGCAUACAAGAUAACAUGAUCAUAAAGAUUUUAAAACUAUGGCAGUACUUUGGAGUACCUGUUACAGAGAGAAGACUAGUUUGUAAAUAGAUGUUGUUGAUACAAA